AUGUCUGUUGUUGGAACGUAUUUGAAAACUUUAACGGCUCGUCGUACCAUCUACGCUUUAAAGCCGGAACUACCUGGUGAGAUCACCAUCAAAGACAUCCAGUCUGUUGUUCAGACUAUCAUCAAAGAAACCCCAACUGCUUUCAAUUCCCAGCCAAACCGUGCCAUCAUUUUAACUGGUGAAGCUCACAGAAAGGUCUGGGGCCAAGUGACCGACGGUAUCGAGAGUCCCGACGGCAAGAAGAGACCUGCUUCAGCAAGAGACGAAGCCUUCGGUUCCGUGAUAUUCUUCACCGAUGAUAAGGUGACUGAAAAGUUAAAGGCGGACUUCCCAGCUUACGCAGCUGCAUUCCCAAGUUUCGCCGACCACACUUCCGGUGCUGCUCAGAUCAAUUCGUGGGUCGCUUUGGAAGCCAUGGGUUUGGGCGGUCAUCUACAACACUACAACGGCUACGUCAAGGCCGCCUUACCGGGCAAGAUCCCCCAAUCUUGGACCGUUCAAGCUCAAUUGGUCUUCGGUACUCCAGCUGCUCCUCCCGCUGAAAAGACCUAUAUCAAAAACGAUGUUGAAGUGUUCAAUUAG